AUGGCGAGCGGGAUUGGAAGUGAGUAAAUGAGCCUGUUGUCAAAUUAUAUGCUUUUUAAUGCAUGGCAACCAGAUGUUCAUGAAUCGUUUGCACACUAUAGUCUUGGGAUUGAUGUAACGUUAGACGGCAUUGCAAAUCGGUGAAUUCUUAAUAGCCUACCCAUGCUGGCAUGAGCUUUGAAUGAAUGGCUCACUCUUCCCUUCUCGCUAGACAACGUUAGCUGACCAGUUAGCAGAAGCUCGCUAGCUAGUUAGCUAGCUAUACUAAGUCACCAGCAAAAUAUUGCUAGUAAGUUCAUCCUUCCAUAUGUCUGAUUAGAAAGGUGUUGAGAUGAGUCCUUCAUGACUUUUGAAACAUUCGUAGGUCAUUUUGUAACAGCUCUCAAGAUGGUAGCUAGCUUUAGGAAGCGCAACAUUUAUUUUCACCCCUCCUCCAUACAAACAGUGGCUUGCGAAAGUAUUCACCCCCCCUUAGCAUUUUUCCUAUUUUGUUGCCUUACAACCUGUAAUUAAAAUUGAUUUGGGGGGGGGGGGGGUUGUAUCAUUUCAUUUACACAACAUGCCUACCACUUUGAAGAUGCAAAAUAUUUUUUUGUGUGAAACAAACAAGAAAUAAGACAAAAAAACAGAAAACUUGAGUGUGCAUAACUAUUAACCCCCCCCCCCCACCCACAAAGUCAAUACUUUGUAGAGCCACCUUUUGCAGCAAUUACAGCUGCAAGUCUCUUGGGGUAUGUCUCUAUAAGCUUGGCACAUCUAGCCACUGGGAUUUUUGCCCAUUCUUCAAGGCAAAACUGAUCCAGCUCAUUUAAGUUGGAUGGGUUCCGCUGGUGUACAGCAAUCUUUAAGUCAUACCACUGAUUCUCAAUUGGAUUGAGGUCUGGGCUUUGACUAGGCCAUUUUAUUUAUUUAUUUAAUUAACUUUUUAUUUCACCUUUAUUUAACCAGGUAACCAGUUGAGAACAAGUUCUCAUUUACAACUGCGACUUGGCCUAGAUAAAGCAAAGCAGUGCGAUAAAAAACAACAACACAGAGUUGCAUAUGGGGUAAACAAAACAUAAAGUCAAAAACACAACAGAAACUAUAUAUACAGUGUGUGCAAAUGUAGCAAGUUCUGGAGGUAAAGCAAUAAAUAGGCCAUAGUGCAAAAUAAUUACAAUUUAGGAUUAACAAAUCAAAUCAUAUCAAAUCAAAUUUUAUUGGCCACAUACGCCGAAUACAACAGGUGCAGACAUUACAGUGAAAUGCUUACUUACAGCCCUUAAACAACAGCGCAUUUAUUUUAAAUAAAAAAGUAAAAUAAAACAACAACAAAAAAGUGUUGAGAAAAAAAGAGCAGAAGUAAAAUAAAAUAACAGUAGGGAGGCUAUAUAUACAGGGGGGUACUGGUGCAGAGUCAAUGUGCGGGGGCACCGGCUAGUUGUCACGAUUGUUUACGGACGAGAAGGACCAAGGCGCAGCGUGAUAUGCAUUCAUAUUUAUUUCACGAAUAAACACACGACAAAACAACAAACGAAACGUGAAGUCCAAGGUAACACACAAACAUACCUUACACGGAACAAGAUCCCACAACUAACUCGUGCCAAAAGGCUGCCUAAGUAUGGUCCCCAAUCAGAGACAACGAGCUACAGCUGCCUCUGAUUGGGAACCACCCCGGCCAACAUAUAUCUACACAUCAUAGAUACUAUAACAAUGAACAAACACAACACGGAAUAUACACAUCCUGACUCAACAAAUAAACGUCCCUUGAGUCAGGGCGUGACACUAGUUGAGGUAGUUGAAGUAAUAUGUACAUGUGGGUAGAGUUAAAGUGACUAUGCAUAAAUAAUUAACAGAGUAGCAGCAGCGUAAAAAGAUGGGGUGGGGGGGCAGUGCAAAUAGUCCGGGUAGCCAUGAUUAGCUGUUCAGGAGUCUUAUGGCUUGGGGGUAGAAGCUGUUGAGAAGUCUUUUGGACCUAGACUUGGCACUCCGGUACCGCUUGCCGUGCGGUAGCAGAGAGAACAGUCUAUGACUAGGGUGGCUGGAGUCUUUUACAAUUUUGAGGGCCUUCCUCUGACACCGCCUGGUAUAGAGGUCCUGGAUGGCAGGAAGCUUGGCCCCAGUGAUGUACUGGGCCGUACGCACUACCCUCUGUAGUGCCUUGCGGUCGGAGGCCAAGCAGUUGCCAUACCAGGCGGUGAUGCAACCAGUCAGGAUGCUCUCGAUGGUGCAGCUGUAUAAUUUUUUGAGGAUCUGAGGACCCAUGCCGAAUCUUUUCAGUCUCCUGAGGGGGAAUAGGCUUUGUCGUCCCACAUGCCUUUUGGCAAACACCAAACGUGUUUGUUUAUUUUUUCUGGCCACUGUUCCAUAAAGCCCAGCUCUGUGGAGUGUACGGCUUAAUGUGAUCCUAUGGACAGAUACUCCAAUCUCCGCUGUGGAGCUUUGCAGCUCCUUCAGGGUUAUCUUUGGUCUCUUUGUUGCCUCUCUGAUUAAUGCCCUCCUUGCAUGGUCCGUGAGUUUUGGUGGGCGGCCCUCUCUUGGCAGGUUUGUUGUGGUGCCAUAUUCUUUCCAUUUUUGUAUAAUGUAUUUAAUGGUGCUCCGUGGGAUGUUCAAAGUUUCUGAUAAUUUUUUUAACCCAACCCUGAUCUGUACUUCUCCACAACUUUGUCCCUGACCUGUUUGGAGCGCUCCUUGGUCUUCAUGGUGCCGCUUGCUUGGUGGUGCCCCUUGCUUAGUGGUGUUGCAGACUCUGGGGCCUUUCAGAACAGGUGUAUAUAUACUGAGAUCAUGUGACAGAUCAUGUGACACUUAGAUUGCACACAGGUGGACUUUAUUUAACUAAUUAUGUAACUUCUGAAGGUAAUUGGUUGCACCAGAUCUUAUUUAGGGGCUUCAUAGCAAAGGGGGUGAAUACAUAUGCACGCACCACUUUUCCGUUAUUUAUUUUUUAGAAUUUUUUGAAAUAAGUAAUUUUUUUCAUUUCACUUCACCAAUUUUGACUAUUUUGUGUAUGUCCAUUAUAUGAAAUCCAUUUAAAUUACAGGUUGUAAUGCAACAAAAUAGGAAAAACGCCAAGGGGGAUGAAUACUUUUGCAAGGCACUUGCUUGGUAUUCAGUGUGGUCUAACCUCCUCAGCUAUUUAUCUGACAGUUUAUUUCAUUGUAGUUGUACCUAGUUGACAACAAUGGGAUUUGUUUUGCGGGAUCUUGGGACAUCCUGACCUGUAAAAUAGGAUGUGAUUACAAGAAAUGGUCUUUUUUGAUAUUUCUUGUCCUGUACUGACUCUGUCCAUACCUGUCCUCCCCCUCCACUCCUUAUCUGCAGAACACAAGUUGCUCUCCAUGGGGCCAACAGAGCCAUGGUCGGUGAGGGAGAAGCUGUGCUUGGCCACCUCUGUCAUGAAGAGCGGGGACCAGAACUGGUAAAGCAGCACAUGUUUAGGCCUACAUCAUGUUACUGUUCUUAUUUUUUUGGACAGACCAGUCGAAUCUUAGCCAGCCACCGACUUUCACUGAGUAAAGACUUCCGGUAAUGGAAACAAGCAUUAGUCCAUCUGUCACACAAUUGAUUAUGUGAGGAAAGAUUUUGGAAUAGAAUUGGUCAGUUGAAUAGGAAUUGUGAUGAUGCAAUAAUAGGAUAUCUAUCCAUACCCACAGGGUGUCUGUCAGUCGAGCCAUCAAACCAUUUGCAGAGCCAGGACGACCCCCUGAUUGGUUCUCACAAAAGGUAGGAUGUGCUCCACACACAAUAACCUGAUGAUAGCAUCUGAAAGAGAUUUGCAUUUGGUGCCCAUGAUGAUGCAGUAACCUUAUGGGUUGAUUGAGUGAGAGAGGUGGCAUGGGUCCUUUGCGUUAACUCUACAUUCCCUAGCAUUGUUAGUUUUCCAUCGGUGUUCUCUUCCACUGCCCUGGCCUGUCAAUAAACUGAGUACAUAUAUGCAGCCUGUUGAAAUAAAGGAAAUAACUGACUUGUUCUUCUCUCUUCUUCUUAUAGCACUGUGCCUCCCAGUACUCAGAGCUCCUGGAGACAACAGAGACCCCAAAGUGAGCACAGCAGUCACUGUUAUUUUGAUGUCUUUUUCUGUGUGGCUGGAUCUGUGAUUGUUCUGUUGUUGCAUUUCCUAUGAUCAGAGGGGGGUUGGAGAACAUGGGUAGUAUGUUAGUGUGAAGGCAUUGGUUUAUGGAUAACAUGAUCUUGUCUGGAUGGCUUAUGGCACGGUAUCGCUCCCCAGACGGAAGCGUGGUGAGAAAGGUGAGGUGGUGGAGACAGUGGAGGAUUUGAUAGUCCGCAGGCUCACGGCAGAGAGGAUUGAUGAGCUGAAGAGACUGAUCAAAGACACACAGGAGAAGCACAGGUAUAAUGGCCUUCAGUAGAUCUUUUUUACAUUUUGCAGACGCUCUUAUCCAGAGCAACUUACAGGAGCAAUUAGGAUUAAGUGCCUUGCUCAUCAACAGAUUUUUCACCUAGUCGGCUCAGGGAUUAGAACCAGCGACCUUUCGGUUACUGGCACAACGCUCUUAACCACUAAGCUACCUGCCGCCCUGCUACUUGAUUGACCCAACUCUGAUGUCAGUUGUUGAUCUGCUGCAUUCACAGGAAGCUGAAGACAGAGGCAGAGCUGAUCCAAGCCGGGCACCUGGACUCCAAGCUAGAGGAUCUAUGGGGAGAGAUUGUGCAGUAUGACCCUUUUAUCUGUCAGCCUUUGUUAAUAUUUCUGUAUCUAUUUACAUCACAGGAGUCUGCUGAGGGGAGGACGGCUCAUAAUAAUGGCUGGAAUGGAGUAAAUGGAAUGGUAUCAACCACAUGGAAACCAUGGAAACCAGGUGUUUGAUGUGUUUGAUACCAUUCCUUUUAUUCCGUUCUAGCCAUUACUAUGAGCCGUCCUCCUCAAUUAAGGUGUCACCAGCCGCUUGUGAUUUACAUGUCUAUUUGUAUUUUUCUGAGAAACUUUACUUUCUGUGCCUGCCAGGAAGAAGAAACAGGAACAGGACGAGGCAGAUGUGAAAAGGAAGGCCACAGACACAGCCUAUCUAGGUAAAAGAUAACCCACUUCAUGCACACCACUAGCUGCUUUUGCCUAUGGCUUUUCUUAAUCUACUCAGUAAAUAUAACAAUAUUUUCUGCUAUUGCUCCAUGGGCACCACUUUGUAUAUGUCUCACUCCAAACCUUGUAAAACACAAUAUACCAGAUAGUAUACGGGUUGAUGAAGAUGUAUUUUAUGUUUUUUCAAUGAUUCAAUAAACCCACAGGGGAUGUUGAAAUAAAAAAACAUCAUGCCAAGGGGUUUGGAUGAGGAGCUCUAUCAGAAAGUAUAUCUAAGGCUAAGAUAGAUUUGUACACAGCCACAAAGGUGUUCAAAGUAAAUAGUAGAUCAAUUGUAGUGUGAUUGGUCAAACUAAGAACAGUCUCACCCCGCUGCCCCACCCCCCUUCCAGCCAGACAGGCGGUGAAGAACACCCCUAAAAGAGUGCCCAGUGUGACCGUGCGCUCUCCCCCGGGGUGCGGCUCGCCAAGCCUCGAGUUCUGCCAAGGGGACACACCCCAGAACACACCCGAGGACCCCAGCACCUCAGUGACUGUGAGUCCCUGUCAGCUACAGGGGAACGGGGCAGGGGCAGGUAGAGAGAUUAUUGGAGUUCAGUAGAAACAUUUUUGAUUUGAUGUCAAUUAGAUGUGCUGGAACGUGCUACACAGAAUACCUUUUCCUCAGCCUGCCUGCCUGCCUCUCUCCCUUGCAUGUUAUACUCCCCCUGUUCCCUUUUCCCAACUUCAUUUUCUCCCCUCCUCUCCGUAGGCACCAGGAGCAGCAGGGUUCAUGCCCCUGACUGAGGCCUGUGGGCUGGGUGGUGCAGAGGCGGGCCUGGGCACUCUUCUGGAUGAGUCCCCACAAAAGAAGCUCUUGGGCCAGAAAGCUACGCCGCCACCAUCCCCUCUCCUCUCUGAGCUACUGAAGAAAGGCAAUCUCCUACCCACAAGCCCCAGACUGGUAUGUCUGAGAAGAAAUAGUAUUCCAUAGAGAUUGUUCACUUUCAUAAGAUUUUAAAAUGUAACUACCCAUAGCCAUUUGAACAUCUCAGACACACCGUCAGAUGAAUCCUCUUGCAGUUACAGAGUCCUUUUUUGUCUCAUAGGUUGGAGAAGGUGACCUGCCUGGUAAUAUGACAAUAGCACAUGACCUACAGCUCACAGGCUCUGUUCUACCUGGCUGUCUGGCAACAGGUACACACACACUCACACUUGUCAUUCCCUCCAGGGCUUUGCGAUUCUGUGAUCGCAACUUCUUUAGCAAUAUCAACAAUUCCCCACAUAUUAUGCAAGGGAUUGUAAAUUUGACCAAUUACCACACUAUUUCCGCUUAAAAACUGUCUGAUCACCGCUUUACAAAAAGAGGGCUCGUAAUUUUAACUAAUCACAGGACUUUUAAUGCAUAAAAUAGUUAAAUCAAGCCAGAUGUCAACAAACGUUUUCCCCGUCAGCGCAUUUUUGUGACAAAUUGGACAAAAAUAAUUGCAAAUUGGCAUGCAAAAUAUCAGAAUUCUGGAAUUCUGGAAGGACUGACUUAUGCUUUUGCAUAAACACCCAGCAGAAAGAGCUUGCUUCUAUAAUGUUUGUUUGCAGAAGUGUACCUGUCCAUGUUUGCUAAUGCUAGAUUUAGGUAGUCUAAUAGUUAAAAUUGAGUAUUGCUUAGCGUUGCAUUUUGACUAGAUCAAGGCUCUGCCUGGUCUCUCUGUACGCUCUGUGUGUGUGUGUGUGUGUGUGUGUGUGUGUCCGUGUGUGUGUGUGUCCGUGUGUGUGUGUCCGUGUGCGCUAGGUGCCCCUACACUUUCUCGUUUGCUGGAGGCUGGGCCUCAGUUCUCAGCUCCGCUGGGCUCCUUGGCCAGCAGCACAGACUCCUCCAGUGUCCUUCUCACUGCUGCUGCACCCCCCACUAUGGACUCCCCCGCCUCACUACACACAGGUCUCUCCCUUUCCCUCCCUGCCUCUCUCUCUCUGCUUCUAUACUGUACAAUCACUGCCCAUCCAUCCUCUUCAUUUUUUCGUCAACACUUCCUCCCAAGCAUCUCCUUUGUGUCUGUCAUCAGAUUGUGGCCAGCAGUGUGUGAUCAGUCUGUCACCUGAACAUCAGACUCCUGUACAUGACUUGUCAGUCCAUCUCAUCUCCUCCAACAUGAACGUGAAGCACAUCACAAUGAUUAUGUCCUCCGUCUGUUGUCUUUACGCAGAGAUUGGAUUUGAAUCAUAUUAGGCUGUUAGUAAUACCUGUAUAUGCGUGUGUGUACAGGAGGGAAUGAGGUGGGGGCCUCCCAGCCUGGCCCAGGGGAGGGGACAGAAGAAGACCUAGUGACGGUGUCCUACAUGGCAGAAGAAUUGGACCAGGAGACAGUGGGGGACAUCAUCGCCAUCAUCGAGGACAAGGUGCUCCUUCUCUGCCUCACACACCUAAAAACAGGGAUUGAUACUCACCUGUUCUGCCUAUAAAGCCAUAGUUAUAUCAGCCUCCUCUCCUUAAUAACAGUACAUAAUAGGUCUUCCUGAGUCUUGAAGUGACAGGCUGUGACCUCUCAUCCUACAGGGUGAUGAGAAUACUGAGGCUUUGGAUGCGGCUGCAGUGGAGGCUGCUCUGUCCCUGUGUGAGGAGACAGGAUACGCCCUGUCUGGCUGUUCGGAGCCAGGGCCCUUCAAGCCCCCUGAGUCUGACCCUUCUGGGGCCCCACACUCCUCCUCACACCUCUCCUCCCUCGCUGGCAGUCAGGAGGUGAAGAGGGAGGCCCUGGAGUUACGGAGUGGGAGCUCUGCAUGUGACAGCCAGGACAACUGUCCCUCGGGGUACCCACGGCCCCUGGGCAUCAGCGGCCUUCCUCCCUCCUCUUCUUCAUCAUCCUGCUCUUCUAUGAUGCUGGAGCACAGCCAGGCUAUUGGGGGUCGUCUGCAGCCUGGGGCCAUGGGCGGGGCCGAUGGGGAGGGAAGCCCAGUCUCUCCCCACGCGACCAUCAAAUGUGAGAGUGAAGAGUGGACGCAGCAAGGAGCUGACACCCCACAUGCAGGUCACUCAUAGCCCUGGCACAUCAGACUGACAGUCAUACACAGAGGCUCAAACACCUGCAGCAGACACCAGCUCUUGAGUAAACACAUUUUCCAUCUGUUCUCAGCAUCACUUCCUGUUUCUCUCUCUCUUUUCACUUUCUCUAUCUCCCUCAGACUCCGAGGAUGGCCCCAUGACAAGAAGACACUCCAAGGUACACCUCCCCCUCACUGAGGAGAGAACAGGCUUGUGCUUGUUGUCCUUGUGUUAGAACCUGAGAUCCACUGUCUCGCCCUCUCUCUCUCUGAACCUGUGUAGGAUGUGAAGGAGGAAGAGGGGGUGAGCGACGGAGAGGAGGGGAGUGCCUCAGAGACUAAAGAGGGCCUGGAUGGGGAUGGGGGGGAUGAGGAGGGGGACGGGGCAGAGGCCUACCUGUCGGAGGCAGAGGGGGAGACAGAGCUGGAACCCCCAGCCAGUGAGAGUGAGGACGGUUACAGUCUGCACACAGCCUCCUCCUCUCUGCAGCUUCACACCACUGCAGACUCUAUCCCCAGCAGCCCUGCCUCCUCCCAG